AUGCAUUUCUCUACAGUAGCAACCGCCCUCCUUUUCGCUACUUACGUUGCUGCUGAGGAUCACAUUGUUACGGUUGGCGCCAACAAUCAGUUACUUUUCAGUCCUACAAAUAUUACUAUUGCUGAUGGAGACACAAUUUCGUUCCAAUUGUCAUCGGUUACCCAGUCCUCCUUCACCAGUCCAUGUGUCCAAUCGCCGAAUGCCAUAAAUUCUGGCUUCAUGCCUAUUAAUGCAACAGUCAUGGCCUCUCAACAAUUUCCUCAGUGGCAGAUCAGUACAUUGCGAGCAAGUGGUCUUCUCGAGUCUGAAUUAAUUGUUACUCAGGCUAACGCAAUGAAUGGGGGUUCAACAAACGCUAAUUCGACAUCAACUAACGGAACCGCCACUAACAGCACGUCCGGGGGGGAUGCUUCAACACCGGGUUCUGGUAGCGCGUCCGGGGGGAGUGCUUCCACUCCGGGUUCUGGUAGCGCUUCCACUGGAAAUGCAUCAGCCGCACCACCUCCUAACAGCAGUCAAUCUGCAAAGACUGGCGGGGCCCUUAAAGUCGGUGGUCCUGCUGCUGGAAUUAUUACCUUGACUGCACUCUUCGCUACUUUCAUUCUGUAG